AUGCUGGAUACCCAGAACAUGGCCUCACCUUGGCCAUUGAAGGAUGAGUUCAUAAGCAAUAGCGACCGCGACCGGGAUAAAGCGCCAUGGCAUCGUCUCGAGAAUCUCCCGACACCAUUUGCGGAACAAUACGCCAGACUCAGUCAACCUUGGCUUCCCGGCUUCUGGAUUCGGUUCCCCUAUCGCGGCCUUGGCAUGUGGCUCUUGGCGUUGCUGGGGACUAUUGCAGCUGUUAUGAUUCUCGUUUAUAGUGAUGGAGUGCCUGUUGAUCAUUGGGAUGAGCGGAUACAGCCCACGGUAUGGCUGGCUUUGACGUCUGCGUUGUCAGGCGCUUUUCUUGCUUGUGCUUUUACAGAGGGAGCGGCCAUUUCGUAUUGGAGAGCCGCUGGCAAGCCGGUAACUUUGCAACAAUUACAAGCUGUCUAUGGCUCCUCAACUGGCAUCAUACAAGCAGCCUUGAACUUGUUCACUUGGAAGUCGAAGACACUAGGCCUGGCAUCCAUUCUCAUGACAUUAUCUGUCCUGCGCGGUCCCCUCAUGCAGCGCGCCUCAUCAACAACAAACCACUACCAGGCUCAACAAGGCAUCAUGAACUUUCACAUCGCGAGAGAACUUCCCGAAAACUACGCGUGCAUAAUGACUGGCCGCACUCAUUCUACUUCGCUACUCACCAAGAACUUUAGUGAUGUCGCCCAAAACUAUAGUCGCCGAUCUGACAUGGCUGUUUUUGAUACUUCCUGCACUAACUGCACAACUGCAGUGGAAGGUUUUGGCUUCGACGUCAAUUGCACUGAGACGACGAGGGAAUUCAAUCUCACAAUUGGCACGGAUAGGGCAAGCAUGCUGAGAGCCAUGGACGGAGCAUAUUUCUUCCAGGUUAAUGUUACGGAGUACAGUGACUGGGGCGUGAACGACCUAGCUAAUGGGUCAUUCCUUCGGUACACGACACUCUACAAGGACACGGACAAGUGCAGCGGAAAGGCUAAGAUCCAGACUUGCGACCUUCAUGCUGGGAUUGCGAAGUUUCCAGUGCGAAUGGAUGGUAAGACGGUUGAGCUUCAAGGAACAUGGAAGGACGACAAGUUCAUCGAACGAAAAUACAUGUUGCCUGCUGAUAUGGUUAUGUCCGGAUCAGGAAAUAUUCUUGGAGGCUUCAGCAUGAUUGCAAAAUCGCUCUACGAGUCGGAAGCUUCUAUGCGCUUUACCGGUGCUACUGGCUAUGAUGUCAGUUCGACAGGUUUACCAGCAACCCAGUACCUUACCAUGAACGGUACAACCCCGGGAUGCGGAGACCGGUGGGACAACCCAAUGGAAGACAUCAUCGAACUCACCCGCGAUAUUGGCUUUCGAGCAAGUCUCCAAUACGCUAAGUACAACACGACAGACAAGCAGAAAGUCGAAUACGACAGUGGCACGACGACGCUUGUAUACGUGACGAAUUACGAGAAGAUGUGGAUAGCAAUUGCAGUCUCGCUGGUUGGUAUUUUCGCUGUGCUCCCUACUUUCUGGGGCUGGUGGGAGCUCGGUCGAGACGUUAGCCUUAAUCCGCUUGAGAUCGCGAAUGCGUUUGGAACGGUUGGUCAGGAAUCGCAUAUUAUGAGAAACGUGGAUCCGAAUCAGAACGUAGGAGGAAUAGUGAACGCGGUUAAUGAUAUUGGGCCUAGCCAAGCCAUUCAAAUGUCUUGCGAGAUUCUUAGUCGUGGGAGACCUGAUAGCAAUCAUGUCAAUCAAAGACUCCCUCGUUGGGACCAUAUACCCCCCAGGCAAAGUCCCCUCCGUCUACCGGGUUUUGAACUGUCACCAUCGCCCGUCUCGAGACGGAAAAGCCACCACGGCCGCUCUGUGUCGCCAAAUACAAGCCCGCAUUGGGUCUCGAUCGAGACACCGAACGCAACCACGCCUCCACUGGAACGGCUCCAGAGCAUAGGCACCUUGGAGGGACUCAACAACAAUGGACAACGGCACCGCAUUGAUCCUAGUAUCAAUGCCAUAAUUGAUAAGGGAUUCUUCCAGUCGGAUGGGCAAUGGACAUGUUAUAGGCGCAAUUACUUCAGUGUAAUAUGCUCCUAUAGCCUCUUCCCACAAGAGCCUGAAUCACAUAUUCAAUUGGCCCUUCCGGGCUCCCCGGAGCCGCUCCGAGUCCACGGAUUCGCAAUGACCAUUACCGCAGUUGUUGCUGGCGAUAUUGGUCAUAAUAUUGAGCUUGUUCAGCACACACCAAAGCGAGACAAAGGCCCAAUUAUGAAGCCAGUUGCUGUCAAACUCUCAGCAAAAACAUCAACACAAAGCCAGAGACAACAAUUGAUUGCCGCUGAGCACACUUUUGAGCGAGUUCAGUUCAAACAGGCAACGAUGAACAACGGCAAGCGGCGGGCCCAACAGCAAUAUCACCAACUGGUCGUUUCCCUUUUGGCGGAUGUAGGAGAACAUGAUGCCGACCGUUUUGUGAAGGUCGCCGAGAGACGCUCUGUAGGACUAGUUGUACGCGGGAGAUCUCCAGGUCAUUACCAAAAUCUCGCACGGCCCUCGGUAGGCAGUAUGGUUGGGCUCCCUGCCGCUGGUUCGGAUAUAGCUUCUGAACAAGGUCCCCAGAAUUCCGCCGCCGCUGCAGCAUCCAGCGGAAUGUUCAGGAAAAGCCAGACACAAUCAGUGACGUCUCCACAAGAUACUCAAGAGAAAUUUCCAAGGGAAUUGAAAGAGAAAAAGAAAGCGCGUGGUCAAGAUAUCACCAUUCCACCGAGUGCGCGGAAACCUGGGCUCCGAAUAAAGACCGAGGAAGAAGUAGUCGUCAAGCAAGAAAGUCCCGAUAGCUACCAGCCUGUCACGCCUCAGCUGAAGCCUUUGGAGGGACAAGAAUCCAGGGAUAUCCUGGACUGCGAAGAGUCUAGCAGCUCUGCGGGUACGACAGAAGAAACCACUAUCUCGGAUCGGGGCGAGGAGGAUGUGUACGAUAUGUGGAUCGAGGACAAAAAGCAAUCAGUUAUUAACGCAAUGAUGAGAAGUCUUUGCAAAUGGCUGGACUCCAGGUUGGUCUAUGUUCGAGGUAUGACAUCGAACCAGGCAGAGACUUCGGGUUCUUCAAGCAGAAAUGCAGACUCAUGUGACCAUACUGAGCCAAGCCGUGGAAAAGGAGAAAAUCAUUCGCAUCCCCCGAAGAGAAGGCGAACAGACCCGAGUGACGGUGACGAUGAAGAUGGUGAAGAGGGAGUCCGAAAAGCGAAGCUUGCAGAAAGACGAAACGCGAAUGAACCACUGAGGUUUGCGUGUCCGUAUUUCAAGAGGGACCCAGGCAAGUAUUGCCGGGAGGCGACUUGCGUUGGGCCUGGAUGGAUUGAGAUUCAUAGAGUUAAAAGACAUGCGCUACCACCGCAAUGUCCUCGUUGUUGGCAAGACUUUAAGACGGAGCAACUGCGGGAUGUACAUCUCCAGACUGAUCCACCAUGUCAGAAGAAAACGAACGAGUCCAAUUUGGAUGGCUUCACUAAAACGCAAGAGAAGCAGCUUAAAAGCAGAAAGAAGUCGGAAAUGAAAAUGACGGAUGCUGGGAAGUGGAGGGAGAUGUACCAGAUCCUCUUUCCAGAUGAUGAUCCUGCGACAAUACCUGAUCCCUGCCCAUCUGACUCCCACACGCCUGCCGCCUUUGCUACCUUUGCUCGCCGAGAGUUUCCUCGAUUCGUUCGACGAGAGCUCGAAGUUCUGUUUCAAUCUGAGUUCCAAGAUGUAGAAGAGAGAAUACGUCCAAGGGUUCAAGAUAUCGUUCUCAAUCUCCAACCUCGGCUUAUAGCCCUCUAUGAACAAUCGGCAGGGGAGGUUGGUGGAAGAACUGCUCUGACAGCUGAGAUCUCGACGCCUCUAGCAGACAAGGAUGCUCAGGGUGCUCAGGGUCGAGAGGUGUUGUCGCCCCUGGUUCCAAAUCCGCUCGCAGAUAAUAGCCCCUCGACCUCGUGGCUUCCUAACCAAAUCUCGGAGACUCCUUCAUUUGACUUAGGAAUUGAUUGGGAUCUCUUGCCAGAAGGUCUAUUCAACUAUCCACUUCAUGGUCAGUUUGUCGUACCUCAGUUGGAGAAAUUGACUCAGGACGACUUGCAAGUAGUGGGACGGAGACAACCAACUAUCGGCCAGGCUUGA